UUUAUAUUCUUUGUUAGUGAUUACCAUCAAUGCAGCCUCGAAAUCGUCCUCAGAAUUCACCCUUACGAGCAGAUUCCUUUGAACUGACUUCACCUACCUCGCGAAUACUAACCGGUAGUCCUGGUGGUGGCGAUGGCAGCCUAUCAAAUCUACGCGAAAUAUCCGCUUCCCCGAUCACACGCAACAAUCACAACACCAGUGAAUUGCACUCUAUGUUAAGCGACCCGCAAGUGGAAGAUUCGCCACUACGUAUGCCAUUUUCGACACAUACAAGACAAAGUUUGUCUUUAGCAACAGAUGCAUCCAACUACCAGUAUGCUUCGCCGAUGCGCAUGCAUCGAGGGCUAUUACAGAAUUUGCAAGAACAUUCUUACCAAGGAAACUAUACACGUGAAGAUCGAUUGCGGUAUCUACGACAAGACGCCGCUCAUCAACACCUCACUAAAGCUGCGACAUUCUUUGCCGAGAAAGUGUGUGCUAUCUCAGAUGACUUUAACGACGUGUAUUUUCUUGCUCAAGCGUAUUACCAAUCACACGAAUAUGAAAGAGCAUUGGAUCUGCUUAACAAAAAGAAAACAUUAAACAAAAGCGUUCAAUGUCGAUACCUGGCCGGAUUAUGUGCGAUUGGACUGGAGAACUGGCAUGAUGCUUUGGAUUAUUUGGGACCUGACAACCCAUUCGCCGACAAAAAUGCACAUGCGCAUAUAUGGUGGUACGAAGACUCAAGACGCGGAGCAAGCGACGGGCUUAUUAAGUUAGAAUCUAUGAUGUGCUAUGCCCGAGGAACAGCGUACUUGCAACUGAGAGAGAUCGAAAAGGCUAAGAAUUGUUUCAAAGAAGCACUUCGUGUUGACGUCAAGUGUUACGAUGCAUUGGAUGCCCUGAUUGAAUACAAUAUGCUGGAAGAAAAAGCCGAAUGGGACUUUAUAUCGACCUUACCCUACGAAGAACACUGUGGUUUAUCCGAUGCAGAUCUGUUUCGAUCACUUUAUAUGAUCCAGUUAAAAAGAUAUUCGCACACGGAGGAUAUCCAGCAAAAGCAAAAGGAAGCAGAGACAGAAUUCGGUUUGAAAAGGAGUCUCGAUGUUAUGCAUAGUACAGCACGGACAUUACUGGCAGAAUGCAAAUACGAAGAAUGCUUAAGCAUAUGCCAAGAAAUACGGAAAGAAGAUGCUCUUUAUACAAAAUCGAUACCAUCAUACAUUACGUGCUUAUACGAGCUAAAGAUGAAAGACGAACUGUAUACUUUGGCCCAAGAAUUGGUAGACAGGCUAAACGACAAGGCAGUGACGUGGCAUGCUGUUGGCAUGUAUUAUCUUUACAUUGAUAAAUAUCCAGAAGCACGUCGCUAUUUUAGUCAAGCAACUGCUAUCGAUCAGUACUUUGAAGACUCCUGGCUUGGCUAUGGGCAUGCAUUUGCUGCUGAAAAAGAUCACGACCAAGCAAUAAGUGCAUACGCUAUGUGCAGCAAACUAAUACCAGGAUCACACCUUCCUUACAUGUACAUUGGCGUGCAAUACAUGGAGCAAAACAUGCUGGAUGCUGCUUUUGAGUAUCUGAAGAAAAGCUCCAGUAAAUGCAAAAGCGAUCCUUUCCUGUUGAACGAAAUAGCAACAUACCAUUAUCGAAAGGCAGAGUAUCCACAAGCACUUGAUCACCUACGAAAUGCAUUAAAAUUGGCUAAAGAUCGUCAGAGUCCUCUCAGCAACCUUUGGGAGAGAUUGUGGGCUAAUUUCGGCCAUGUAUACAGACGAAUGAGAAAAUAUGACCGUGCCUUGAAAUGUUUCCGCCUAGCUCUAGACAAAAACCCACAGAACUCUGAUGUGCACGCCGCUAUAGGAUUGAUAAACCAUAUUCAAGGCAAAGUGGGAAAAGCACUUAUCGAAUAUUACAAGGCAUUACGCAACCCCAAGUCGGACAAUUUUAUUCGAGAAUUGAUUGAAAAAGCACUAUUGAGUGAUCAGUACACAUCCAUCUCUUCGAGUGUAGAUGAUACGGACAAUAUAUUUGAUUUGCGCAACAGAACCGACAUAUUGGAAGACUAUGUCAAUGAAGAGCUAGCGGAAACGGCAGACACUACUGAAAACAACGCCAAUAACAGUUUCGAAGAACAACCUAGCUUUCACUCUACCGCCAUUUCAAUCCGUGAUCCUGGCAGUGGAUCUAUCGCAGAAUAUGACGAAGGAGACUUUUCCCCCAAAGAAGAUUCCCGCGCUAAUAUGUCUUCGAAAGACUGGUUAUAAAGAGCAUUCGACAACAAAUAUAAUGUGUCCUUGUAUAUAAAACAAAUGUAACAAUCGUAAUCCACACAUGUACAUGCUGAUAACAUGUAUUAUACACAUUAAGGAAGCACUUAUAAAUGAAACAC